CGCGCUCUUUCAUGCACAGUUGAGCGUAUACUCUUGCUUUAACGAUAUAUUCAAACAGACAUCAUGAAUACUGAACAACGGCAGAUAACGGUCGUUCAGUCCGCGGCGUUGCCACCGCCACCGCCGUUUCUCGCAGUUCCGGGACCGCCACCACAGGCCUGGCCUGCAUGGAAAGAGACAUUCAUGUCAUUCCUAGGUGCGGCGGGCCUCGAGGGUGUUGACCCGAAGAGAAAAAAACAGAUUCUUUUUUCGUUGUUGGGCAUUGAAGGGCAACGAAUAGUGUCCGCAUUUGGAUUCACUAACCUUCCACACUCGGAACUUCUUGACGAGUUCGAGACCUUUUUAGCGGCCGUGGAGAGCCAUUUUGUUUUUUCCGGAUCUCUAGCACUCGAGCGUAAGAAGCUCCGUCUUCGCGUUCAGCAGCCGGGAGAGAGUGUCACGGAAUUUUUAGCGGCGUUACGCCAUCAGCACGCGCUUUGCGCGUUUGAAGACGGGUCCGAGAACACGCGACUUUGUGAUCUUUUUCUUGAUGGUUUGAUCUCGCGCCGUGUUCAGGAUCGCAUUCUUAGAGACUGCGUAGGUCGCCAGGUACCGACGCUUGAGCGCGCGAUACAGCUCGCGCUGCAGUUUGAGCAGUUGGCACGCACAGCAGAGCAGUACCAUCAGCCACCUCAGGGGGAGCCCGUCGCCAGCUGUUCCACUGCACCCGUGCAGUAUGUUGCUGGGCCCGAGACCGAACAAGUACAAGCGGCUGCUCGUCAUGACGACCAGUCUCCAGCACUCUUCUCGGGAGACGACUGUUUCAGCGAACAUGGGGCAAGGUUCCCAUCGUGGCCACGUGACCCCACCAGACAUGCUCCGAGGUCUCAAUGGGGGCGUCCUGGGACAGCCCAUGCUCCACGCCCGCCGGCGCGACAGAGUAACAUUCCACAUCGAGACCCGCCUCCUGCGAGAACGGGGCCGCAACAGGACAACUACUCAUGUUGGUUUUGCGGCCGAAGGAAUCACGCCAGGGAGAACUGCCCUGCACUCAACUCGCAGUGUUUCCAGUGCGGUAAAAUCGGACAUUUUGCCGUCUGGUACCAGUUGUACCACACCGCUCUGCCAUGGAUUCAGGGCCUGGUGAACCACGCGAACAAUCUCAAGCUGGUCAUCAAGCAUCGCCUGCUGUUCCAAGGCGUUCUAAGCGGCAACGGCGACUUCCAGGAAGACUGA